AUGUAUUUAUCAAAACCUUUAUCUCAUUACUUUGCCCUUCAAUAUCCAACAUUACCAGAAUUACCUUAAAGAGAGUUCCCAAAGUUAAUAUAUGAUUCAAGAUAUGAAAUAGAAGAUAAAUAUUAUAGAAACUAAAUCUAAAAUCAAUAAUAAUAAGAUUUGGCUUAAUCUCAACAAGAAUAUCAAAAAUUGGAUAGAACUUUAAACAAAUACAAUCAAUUUAAAUAAGAUUCUGAUAAUAUGAAUUCAACAUAUGACAAUAAAUAAAAGAACAAUUAAUAAUAAGAACCAACUAUUUCAGAAAAAUACAAUUAAAUCACAGAUUAGGAUAUUAGAUUCGUUUCUUAUGUAUUUUAAGAAGAAAUCUAAUUUAGAAAAGAAUUUGUGCAAAUCAAUAAAAAACUAAAACAACUUAAAACAAAUUUAUUAUAAUUAUUUUUUGCAUUUACAUCUGAUAAUCAUUAUGUAAUAAUUUAUUUAAAUUAUUAGAAAAUAGAAAAGUUUAAAUUUUUAGAAGUAUUGUAAUCAUAUCAAGAUGAUAUCAAAAUUUGUGAUUUAGAAUUAUUAUUCAAUUACUUAAAUAAUUGGAAACGUUCUUAAUCAAUUACUUAUGGAUAAUUUCUAUAAUUAAUUAUUCCUUAUGUAAAAUAUGAAGAAAUGCCAGAUCCUGGUGAUUUAAAAUAUCAAUAAGAUCAUCCUACAUAAGAAUAAAUGGAAAUAUUUUGUAGAUUAAUAUAAAUGAAAUUGUAAAUGAUGUCUACACUUGAAUACUAUAGAUAAAAGAUUGAUAAAUCUCUUAUUAAUUUAGUUUAGAUUUUUGAAUUUAUAGAUUAAGACAGAGAUGGAUGGAUUAAAGCAUUUGAAAUCACUAAAUUGUUAUGUAAUAAAUUAAAAUUAUCAAUAUCUAGAGUAAUUUGGUUAUUUGGUGACAAUUGAAGAGGCUUCACUUGUAUUACAAGAUAUUGAUGAAAGAGGAUAAAUUAAUAUUAAUUAAUUUGUAUACUAUUACAAACCAAAAUCUUUGGCUAUAUAUUUAUGA